CGGGCCAAGAUUUCACCACCCACAGUCCACAGAAGUAAAACUUCUGCUCCACCUACACCUUCGUCUUCAUCCUCCCUCCUUAUUUGUUUAUUAUUAUGUACAGAGAGUAAUAUUAAAUUACACUGAACCAUAAAAGCCCUAAUCAAAGCUCAAAGCUUUUUUCUAAGCACCUUAGAUUUCUAUCUCUGUGAAAUUUCAAUUCCCAAACCAUGAGAGGAACGAAGCGAUUCGCCGCGGCCGAGUCCAGCGUGUUCACCACCGACUCAAACCAGAACAAAAGAAUACUGGCAGCCUCACCUUUUGAUUCUCAAAGGGCAGAACCAUCCCAGCAGCUGUCAGUGCCAACUCCACAGUUGGACAUGCAACGGGCUGAAUCAUCUAGACAGCAUGUGAGGGCUCUCAAUACUCAGUUUGCGAGCUGGGUGCAAACACAAUUACAGAACUACCCUGAUGAACUUUGGGAAGAUGGAGCCCAAGACUAUUUAAGCCAUGCUGCAUCCAUCAUGGAAAAAUUUAGUGAUGUUGUAAACUGGCUGAAAGCAAAUGCUGCCCAAGGAAAGAGUACGACCUUCAUGGGAUUUCAGCCUGCUCUAAAGACACUUGCCUCUGAAAAUAAAGAAAACAAGAGUACGUCCUUGUUGAGAUUUCAAGCUCCGGCUCCAAAGACACUUGUGUCUGAAAAUAAAGAAAACAACAGUACAUUAUCUCUGGAUAAACCUCCUACUCCUGCGCCUAAUGCAUCUUCAAGCUUUGGAACUUCCUGGAACUCUGGACCACUCUUUAACAACAAAGCUCCAUUUUCAUUUGGACUUCAGAGUUCAUUUCUGCAACCUCAAAAUGCAGUCGCAACAAAUAACGACACUUCAAAUGAUGCAGAUGGUGAGGAAGAUGUUGAGCAGCCUAGCAGUCCAUCUGUGAAGAAGACUGAAGAGAAGGGAGUCACUGUUGUCCACCAAGUCAAAUGCAAACUUUAUGUUAAGUCUAGCGAUCCAACAGACAAAGAUGCAUGGAAAGAUAGAGGCACAGGUCAAUUAUCUAUUAAAUGCAAAGAAGGUGUUAGCAAGGGUGCCCGAGAAUCCAAACCAACUAUUCUCAUACGAAAUGAUGUUGGCAGGGUGGUGCUUAAUGCAUUACUAUAUCCAGGCAUCAAAACAAACAUGCAAAAGAACUCUAUUGUUGCAAUAUUCCACACUUCGGAUGGAGAGAACAGCAGUGCUGUUGUAGCGCAAACGUGCUUGAUAAGACUUAAAUCUGUAAAGGACCGAGAUAAAUUGGCGGCAAUCAUCCAGGAAUACGCCCCCGCUGCCUGAGAACGAUGGAGUAGAAUUAUGGGGUUAAAGAUGUUGUACCAUUAGCUUGAGCUUCAACAGAAUACCACUCUUGGAGGGAAUCAUGCUGCAAUGAGAAUUAUUUUUGAAUUGACAAGUUAUAUAUCAGCUCUUAUAGGUUAGAUAAUUCUUAUGGGAUUGAUGGCUGUUCACAGACUUAGAACCAGCUGGGAAAUUGCCCUUCGAGGAUGAUGAUCAUUGAUGUGAUAACUAUGCAAUAAACUGGCUAUUACUUGUUAUCGAACAAAAAGCAUUGAAGGACUA